CGCCCCCUCACCCGACCCUGCCCGUUCUCCAAUUCAUUAUUACUGCAAGACAAGAAUGGCCUCUUCCCUUCUUCCGGCCGCUCUGCAGAGCAAACUGCUGGGCUAUAGCAGGGCCCCCAGCACGCAGCUGGCCGCUUUGCACCUGGAUCUUCUUCGCAAUAUUGUGUUUAUCCUCUUCAUACUUCGCUACGUUCGCAAGACAUUCCAUUCCGUCCGCGGUUACGGCAUCUUCGGCAGCAUUCGCAAUGUCUACGCCGCCAUCCGUCUCCGCCUCUAUUCCAUUUUCUUGCGCUUCCCCGGAGUCCGUGGUCAGGUCGAUAAGCAGGUCUCCACCGCGAUCGAGAACCUGGAGUCGAAACUCGUCGCCAGUGGCCCCGGUGUCACAAGGUAUUUGAACCUCCCCAAAGAAGGAUGGACCGCCGAGCAGGUUCGCGCCGAGCUCGAUAAGCUGGCCAGUAUGGAACACACGCGCUGGGAAGAUGGUCGAGUUAGUGGUGCUGUGUAUCAUGGUGGUCAGGAUCUUCUGAAGCUCCAGGCCGAGGCGUUUGGUCAAUUCGGUGUCGCAAACCCCAUCCAUCCGGAUGUCUUCCCGGGAGUUCGCAAGAUGGAGGCUGAAGUUGUGGCUAUGGUCCUGGCGCUGUUCAAUGCUCCUUCCGAUGGUGCGGGCGUCACUACCAGUGGCGGCACCGAGUCCAUCAUCAUGGCAUGCUUGGGUGCGCGGCAAAAGGCCUUCCUCGAACGAGGUGUAACGGAGCCGGAGAUGAUCAUCCCCGAUACCGCCCAUGCUGCUUUCUACAAGGCUUGCAACUACUUCAAGAUCAAGCUUCAUCGUGUUCCUUGUCCGGCGCCAGACUACAAAGUCCACAUCCCCUCCGUGCGUCGUUUGAUCAACUCGAACACGAUCCUGAUCGUCGGAUCCGCACCAAACUUCCCCCAUGGAAUCGUCGAUGAUAUCCCAGCUUUGUCUCGGCUCGCAACUUCGUACAAGAUUCCUCUCCACGUUGACUGCUGCCUUGGAUCCUUUGUUAUUGCAUUCCUCAAGAAGGCGGGCUUUGCAUCGCCGUAUGAGGAAGAGGGCGGUUUCGAUUUCCGCCUCCCUGGCGUGACCAGCAUCAGUGUUGACACCCACAAGUACGGAUUCGCGCCCAAGGGUAACUCAGUGCUCCUGUACCGCAACAAGGCCUACCGCAGCCACCAAUAUUUCAUCUACCCCGACUGGUCCGGUGGCGUCUACGCAUCUCCGUCCGUGGCUGGCUCUCGCCCUGGUGCUCUGAUUGCAGGAUGCUGGGCUAGUCUGAUGAGCGUCGGCGAAUCUGGAUACAUCAAGAGCUGUCUUGAUAUCAUGGGCGCGGCGAAGAAAUUUGAAGCAUCGAUCAAGGAACACCCGGUUCUGUCGAAAAGCCUCGAGGUUGUUGGAAAGCCCAUGGUCAGCGUCGUUGCAUUCCAGAGCAAAAAUGAGGCUGUUGAUGUCUACGACAUCGCGGACAGCCUGUCUGCGAAGGGCUGGCACCUCAAUGCUCUUCAGUCGCCCCCCGCAAUCCACGUGGCGUUUACUGUUCCCACUGCCGCUGCUGUUGACGAGCUCACCAUCGACGUGGCCGUGGCCGUCGAGAAGGAGCUGGAGAAGGCGGAGGAGAGGAAGCGCCAAGGGAAGUCGUAUGUUGUCAAGCGUGGGGAUACUGCGGCUCUGUAUGGUGUGGCUGGCAGCAUGCCGGACAAGAGUAUCGUCAGCCGCCUGGCCGAGGGCUUCCUUGACACUUUGUAUAAAGCCUAGAUGAGCUACUGACCCAGAAGACCUGCAUUGUUGAUACGUUUUCGAAAAGCGAAAAGACCCGGUAAGGUCCGUCCGUUGCAAAUAGUGGACCACUGGUGUUAUGGUGUAUAGGCUUAGAUAUUGCAUUUUUUUUUCUUCUUUUGUUCCUCUUCACGAGGAAGCAUAUUGUUAGCGAUUAAACGAAACAACAACUUCAGGGCCCCCUA